AAAAAGGAGAAGAAUUUAAACGACGCCGUUUGUGGAAAAAUAAUCCAAACACCAUAAAACCCUAGCAGCGCAUAGUGAUGCAGGACUACAUAUAAAAGGCGCAUCCUUUCUUCCUCAGUAGACAGGGCAGAAGGGAGCCGAUCAAAGAUGUCGAAGCGAGGAAGGGGAGGGUCAGCAGGUAACAAGUUCAGGAUGUCACUGGGUCUACCAGUGGCAGCGACAGUGAACUGCGCCGAUAACACAGGAGCCAAGAAUCUAUACAUCAUUUCCGUGAAAGGAAUCAAGGGACGCCUGAAUCGGUUGCCGUCAGCUUGCGUGGGAGACAUGGUCAUGGCAACUGUUAAGAAAGGGAAACCUGAUCUCAGGAAAAAGGUCAUGCCUGCUGUCAUCGUCCGCCAGCGUAAACCUUGGCGCCGAAAGGAUGGCGUUUACAUGUAUUUCGAAGAUAAUGCUGGAGUGAUUGUGAAUCCCAAGGGAGAAAUGAAAGGAUCUGCUAUUACUGGCCCUAUUGGGAAAGAGUGUGCGGACUUGUGGCCAAGGAUUGCUAGUGCUGCCAAUGCUAUUGUCUGAGAGAAUUUUUACAUGAUUGUUUUUGUUAGUUUGUUUUGAGACCUUAGGGAUUUAUGAUAUGCUGUUUUUGCUCAUGAGUUCACUUUUUAUGUUAGGCCAGAAAGAAACUGGACUGAAAUGCUUAUGUUUUUCUGUUCUAAAUUUUUGUUGGUAUUGCUGUGAUCUUAGAUUAUUUUUAAGAUAUGAAGAACUCCUUGCCAUUAAAAUA